AUGACUGUAUUGGUUGAUACAUUUGAAGUCCCAGCGCACGCCAUCAUGUCCCAGCUGUACAAAACCAUGUGCUAUGAAGUGAUGCUCGAAGAGGUCCUUGGCAGAUCGUAUAACGCGCCAAAAGACGGAAAGAAGUACAUGAUUCUGGAAGACAUAAGCCCAAAAACACUUGUUGCGUUGCGAGACGUAGAGCACGUGAUAUAUGUGUUCCACAGAGAAAUACUGAGUGAGAGAGAGUACAAAAUGAUCAAGUACUACACAAACGAGCUGAUAUAUGUGGAGAACAACACCAUUAGAAUUGUGAAUAAGAAAACCAAAAACCAAGAAACACAUGCAAUAGAAAGAUCUGUGGGCGCAUGCCACAAGAUCACGCAUAGAAUACACAAAAUGGCUAAAGACCCAGAAAAAACAGCAAAGGAUGCUCUUCUCACAAAAAAACAAGAGCACAGCAAAGAGGCCUCUCUUCCUUUUCUCCGCGCACAGGCACAGGAGGACGUCUAUUUCCCAGAAGAAGAGGAAAUGAGCGAAGACUCUGAUCUGCUCGAAGAAGAAGAAUUGUAA